CACCCCGCCGCGGUCCGUUGCCACUAUACGUGACCAUCGCUGCUGUCCCUGAUCGACGAGUCCUUAGCACGCUGCGCCUCUCCCUGUUGGCUCUUCCGGAUUACGCAGCGAACUGUCCCCCCUCCCCCAAAAGUCUCUUCGACCGCUCCCCCUCCCACCCCGGCGAAUGCACAAUAGGAAGCCCUAGAUACUCGGAAAUAGAGACGCCUACAUGGCAGAGUACGGCGGACAACAGGGCAGGGAAUAUGCGCGCCCUCCGAACUAUGGCCAUCCCCCUUCCGGGGCGAGGGACGCCGCCUUCGCCAGCAUCUUCGGUGCCAAUCCCGCCAUGGCAGGCCGCUCGCAGACAAUGACAUCGCAGCCCGUCAUGCGCCCGCCUGACCGCGCCCAAACAAUGUCCACCCAGACUGUCGAUAUGAUGCAGCGUGCUCCACCAAUCCGGCAAGCAAUGAAUGGGUACGAUCGGCGGCCUCCUCCCAUCCCGUACAAUCAGCAGCCUCCCGGCAAUUAUGACCAACAGCGGCCUCAAAGUUACGACCAGCCACCAGACACCUUCAGCCGCCCACCUCCUAACGGCUAUACCCAGCAGCGGCAUUCGGAUGGUGCACCUCCCCCCAUCCAACGACAGCCCCAGCCCCAGUACCUCCCGCGACCACUUCGUCCAGAGCGCCAGCCGUAUGGGCAACCUCAGAGACUAGACUCGCGAGUCUCUCCCCCUGGCCAGCAUCCUUUCAACAAGCCAAUGCCACCCCGAUUCCCUGGUGGCCCCGGCGGACCAGGCCCUGCCCUGAACUCGGACACUUAUCGUUCUCAGUCCCUGGCGGGAGGCCCUCGUCCUCAGUUCAACCCACACGGUCCGAAUGGCCCAGGAUACGGAGUAUCCCCAGCUCAUACGUUCCGGCAGCAGCCGUACAUGAACCAUAUGGCCAGGACAACCGCCCAAGGCCGAGUUGUCCCUGAGCGACCCGACGAACGCACCAUGUCCAUGAGUUCCUAUUCGAGGGACAACGAGUAUGCUCAGACUAUGAGUGGAAGAGUUAUUCCAAACAGGAGGAGAGAGUCAGGAGGACAGGAGGGUUCUCCGAUGGACAACAAAAUACCUGCUGGUUCUCCACCUCCUGUAAACGUUGGCCCCGGGGCCAAGACCAGAAACACAAGCCAAGGCAGCAUCCCGUCAAGAACCAUGUCCAUGGCAUCCACAGUUGUCACUCCCUCGGAACGAACUGAUUCAAUGAGCACAGCGAUUGUUCGUCCGAGCUCUACGCAAACCAACAGAAUUUCUGGCCCAACUCCACAACAGCAAGCGCAGGCAAUGAUGGUCUCGCAGCGCAGAGCACCCCUUGUGUAUCCUGCCCUUCUUUCACGUGUUGCGGAAGUCUUCCGGGAUCGAGUUAGCUUGGCCGAGAAAGAGAAGGACGGGCUGGUGUACAAGAGUGCAUUUACAGGAGCGGAAGCUGUUGAUCUCAUUGCCUACAUCAUCAAAACAACGGACCGUAAUCUGGCGUUGCUCUUGGGCAGGUCCUUGGAUGCACAGAAAUUUUUCCACGAUGUUACUUAUGCUCACCGGCUCCGCGACUCGACCAACGAAAUCUAUCAGUUCCGGGAAACUCUUUUGGAGGAUACAACCGAGGUGAAUGGUGUAUUCACUCUCUUGACGGAGUGCUAUUCACCGACUUGCACUCGCGAUCGCUUGUGUUAUUCCAUUGCGUGCCCACGCCGCCUUGAACAACAAGCGAGGCUGAACAUGAAGCCUCAGCUCGGUCUCAAACGGGCAGAGUCUCGAGCAAGUUUACAUGACGACGCGGACGACGAACAGAAACUCUGGAUCAACACGGUUUCUAAAGAGGUGGCGGCGAGCGUAAGCGAGAAGGAGCAGAAGCGGCAGGAAGUCAUUUCAGAAUUGAUGUACACCGAGCGUGACUUCGUAAAGGACCUCGAGUAUCUCCGGGAUUUCUGGAUGAAACCACUGCGCAGUGCGAAUGGAUCUCCUAUUCCAGAGCAUCGCCGAGAGAAAUUCGUGCGAACCGUUUUCUCCAACUGCCAGGAAGUGUACAUGGUCAAUUCUAGACUAGCAGAGUCUCUCACCCGACGCCAGCAAAAGGAGCCCGUUGUUCGAAACAUCGGCGACAUCUUCAUGGAGUAUGUGCCGCAUUUCUCGCCAUUCAUCAAAUAUGGUUCCAAUCAGCUUUUCGGAAAAUACGAAUUCGAACACGAGAAGCGCACCAACAUAGAGUUCUCGAAAUUUGUGGACGAAGUUGAGAGAAUGAAGGAGUCAAGAAAACUCGAAUUGAACGGUUAUCUCACUAAGCCCACAACAAGAUUGGCGAGGUAUCCCUUACUAUUGGAGAACAUUCUCAAGUACACGGCCGAUGAUAACCCUGACAAGCAAGACAUCCCUAAAGCUAUUGUUAUAAUUAAGCAAACGCUAUCCAAAGUCAACAUUGAGUCUGGCAAAGCGGAGAACCACUUCAACCUGAUGCAGUUGAAUCGAGACCUCAAAUUCCGUCCUGGCGAAUUCGUUGACUUGAAAUUGACAGAUGAGAAUCGUCAAUUAGUCUUCAAGGGCAUGCUGAAGAAGAGUCCCACGGACACCACUGGCGACAUAACGUGUUACCUUUUUGAUCAUGCGGUCCUCCUGGUCCGCAUAAAGACCGUCAACAAACGCGAAGAACAGAAAGUCUACAAAAAGCCUAUACCGCUCGAACUUCUUGUCAUCACUCAGAUGGAUGAAAUCAUUCCUAAGAUGGGUAUAUCUAAACGACCAUCUGGAAAUCUGAUGAGCAGUGCAAAAACCAUCGCAACAACAACUCCAAAGAGCGAUACAACAAAGCAGCAAGGUUACCCAAUCACUUUCAAGCAUCUUGGAAAGGGUGGGUACGAACUAACUCUAUUCGCGAGCACACCAAUUUCCCAGCAGAAAUGGAUGGAGCACAUUGAGACUCAGCAGCGUAACUUGCGGGAGCGAAGCAACAUCUUCACGAAGACCAUUCUCAAUGAAGGCUUCUUCUCUUCUGCAAUUAGGGUUACCUGUGCUGUGCCAAUCGAUGGUGGCCGGAAGCUUGUCUUCGGAACGGAAGCUGGCAUCUUUGUUGUAGAGCGAAGACCAAAAGAUGCGUCCUUCAAGCCUCGGCGCGUGCUGGACUGCAAAUCAGUCACGCAGGUCGAUGUUCUCGAGCAACAUCAAAUCGUCCUCGUCCUAGCCGACAAGACUCUUUAUUCCUACGCCAUGGAAGCUUUAGACCCAGACGAAUCACAAGCCAUUGCCAAACGACCCAAGAAGAUAUGUCAUGCCAACUUUUUCAAGGCUGGCAUUUGUCUUGGACAGCAGCUUGUGGCGUCUGUUAAGACUACUUCGUUGUCUACAACGAUCAAGGUCUUUGAGCCUAAAGAUUCUAUGGCCGGUAAAUCAAAGAAAUCAGGUUUUGCAAAAAUGCUUUCUACUGGACAGGAUCAGCUAAAAUCUUACAAAGAAUUCUACAUUCCGACCGAAUCAUCCUCGAUCCAUUUCUUGCGCUCGAAACUCUGUGUCGGUUGCGCCCGUGGCUUCGAAGUCGUUAGUCUCGAAACCCUCGAAACACAAUCAUUACUCGAUCAAGCAGACACUUCGCUCGAUUUCGUCGCCCGGAAAGAAAACAUCAAGCCGAUCCAUAUCGAGCGUAUGGCAAGUGAGUUCUUGCUCUGCUAUACGGAUUACAGUUUCUUUGUCAAUCGAAACGGCUGGCGUGCUCGGGCGGAUUGGAAGAUCGCAUGGGAAGGCAAUCCCCAGGCCUUUGCCAUAUUCCAUCCGUACAUUCUUGCGUUUGAGCCGAGCUUCAUUGAGAUUCGCCAUAUGGACAGUGGAGGCCUUAUACACAUUGUGACAGCGAAGAACAUCAGGAUGCUCCAUUCCUCUACAAGAGAAAUUCUGUAUGCAUACGAGGACGAGAUCGGCAACGACGUCAUCGCCAGUUUGGACUUUUGGCAGGCAGCGAACGCUGGCGGCCAGAAGCAGAUCGAGAACAAUAGGUCGUACGAGAAGAGCUGAACGAAUACCUGUCGGCUUCGAUGAUUCGAUCGAAUGCUUCGACAACGACAUGGCCGGCUCGUCGCCUUUUCCACUUGUCCGACGAUAAUUGCACAUAUGGGGAAGUCCGGUGUAUGCCUACCAGCCAGACCAGCAAAUCAUAUCAACAGCCGUCAGUGUUCGCCGUCAGCUCUACUUCGUCUGUUCGUCCAG